AUCAAACUUCACUGCUGUUCUGAAUGUGACAAACCGUUUGUACAGAGAAGCCAUCUUCUGCUCCACCAAAGAAUUCAUACAGAAGAGAAGCCAUAUUGCAGUUCUGAAUGUGGCAAACAAAUCUCACACCGUAAUACAUUCCUGAUACACAUGAAAACUCACACAGGAGAGAAGAUGUAUUGCUGCUUUGAAUGUGGCAAAAAGGUUUCACAGAGAAGCCAUCUUCAGAUCCACCAAAGAAUUCACACAGGGGAGAAGCCAUAUGACUGUUCUGAAUGUGGGAAAAAGUUUUCACAGAGAAGCCAUCUUCGGAGCCACCAAAGAAUUCACACAGGGGAGAAGCCGUAUUGCUGUUCUGAAUGUGGGAAAAAGUUUUCACAGAGAAGCCAUCUUCGGAGCCACCAAAGAUUUCACACAGGGGAGAAGCCAUAUGACUGUUCUGAAUGUGGAAACCAGUUCUCUGACAGUAGAAAUCUAAAGACGCACUUUAAAACUCACUCAGGAGAGAAGCCGUAUUGCUGUUGUGAAUGUGGCAAAAAGUUUUCAAGGAGAAGCCAUCUUCAGAGCCACCAAAGAAUUCACACAGGGGACAAGCCAUUUGACUGUUCUGAAUGUGGUAAAAAAUUUUCACAGAGAAUCCAUCUUCAGAUCCACCAAAGAAUUCACACAGGGGAGAAGCCAUAUUGCUGUUCUGAAUGUGGCAAAAAGUUUUCACAGAUAUGCCAUCUUCAGAUCCACCAAAGAAUUCACACAGGGGAGAAGCCAUAUUGCUGUUCUGAAUUUGGCAAAACGUUUUCACAAUGAAACCAUCUUUAGAGCCACCAAAGAAUUU